AUGUUGUGGUUUAGAAAGAAGGAGCCGAGGGCAAUGGAUGAAUUGCGAACAUUUGAGGAUCUGACACGAUUCCCUCUAACCUUCUACAAGACAAUUGGCGAGGAUUUGUAUUCGGAACGGGAUAUGAAUCGUGUGAGACGCUAUUUACUGCGUGGCUAUCUCGUGCUGGGAUUCCUCAAUUUCAAUGCCUAUGUGGCCGGUGAGAUAGCCUAUCUUAUACUAAAUAGAACAGCGACAAUAACAUUGCUGGAGGCCACAGCCGUUGUGCCAUGCAUUGGCUUUAGUUUCAUGUCCGAUUUCAAGCAAUUGGGUAUGACACUGAAUCGCAAGCCUUUGGUCAAAAUGCUCGAUGAUCUGAAAGAACUGUUUCCCAUGACUGUGCAGGAGCAACGGGCAUAUCAUGUGCCCUACUAUCAACGGCAUAUGAAUCGUGUGAUGACCAUCUUUACCUUACUAUGUAUGACAUAUACAUCAUCGUUCAGUUUCUAUCCGGCCGUUAAGGCAACCAUCAAAUACUAUUUCAUGGGCUCGGAAAUUUUUGAAAGAAAUUUCGGUUUUCGUGUUUACUUUCCGUAUGAUGCUGAAACCGAUCUAUUGGUCUAUUGGUUCUCCUAUUGGGGUUUGGCCCAUUGUGCCUAUGUGGCUGGCGUUUCUUAUGUGUGUGUCGACUUGCUACUUAUCACGACAAUCACCCAACUGACCAUGCACUUUAACUAUUUGGCCGAUACUCUAGAGGCCUACAAUGGAGAUGAACACACUGAUGAGGAGAAUAUUAAAUAUCUGCAUAAUUUUGUCAUCUACCACGCAAGGGCCUUGGAUCUCAGCGAGGAAGUCAAUAAUAUUUUUAGGCUUACCAUAUUAUUGAACUUCAUAGCGGCCUCUUUGGUUAUUUGUUUUGCUGGCUUUCAGAUAACCGGAACGAAUGUGGAGGAAAUUGUUCUAUAUUUCAUAUUCUUUACGGCCUCGUUAGUUCAAGUGUUUGUUGUCUGCUAUUAUGGCGAUGAAAUGAUUUCAUCGAGCGUUCGUAUUGGUCAUGCUGCCUUCAAUCAGAAUUGGUUGCCCUGCAGCAGUAAAUAUAAGCGGAUUCUGCAGUUUAUUAUAAUGCGCAGCCAGAAGCCAGCUUCGAUUCGUCCACCCACAUUUCCACCAAUAUCGUUUAAUACCUUUAUGAAAGUUAUUAGCAUGUCAUAUCAAUUCUUUGCUUUACUACGAACCUAUGACUAUUGA